ACGAGCCUCGUCAGUGUAUGAUUAUCCAGGACAAACAAGGACUUCUACUUCCACGCAGGAAACCUGAGUUUUUGACAAGCAGAAACAAGGAAAUGUGCCAAAUAAGGAAUUCAAGUAGCAAAGCUUUACGUUGUGGCAACACAAGUGUUUCCAUUAAACCAGAGUGUGUAUGCUCCUUUCACAAUCUAUAUGAAGCAAUGUAUCAUGAUCAUUUUUCUUGUCCUGGUGAAGUGAAGUCAGACAAUGUUAGAUUAUUGAGAUGCGGCGAUUGUAUGGAAUACAGCUUACAAAACAAAGGUCCCUGUAUUCAUGGUGGACAGCUUACCUGCAAAGAGACUGGCCCUGAUGUGGAGGCACUAAAUAUCAGGUGUGAUUGUCCACUUAGAUUCGAGGGGAUGUUCUGUGAAAAUAAAAUGGAAAAGGUUACAAGAAUUUGUGAUAGAAAUGAAAAUGCAUCGUCUCUUAAUUACCUGCAGAACUGUGAUAGAACAAAAAUGGACUGCAUUACUUACAGUGAAAAUAAACGAUAUACUUUCAAGUGUACUAAAAAAUCUGCGACAAUCCUACGAGGAAAAGCUGAAUUGCCAAUCUGUAGAGAAACAGAAAUAAAUACCACAGAGUUGAAUGCAGCGAUAACUCCAGAGGGUGACAUCAGACUGACCAAUCCUCAAUACACAUCAAGAGGCAAGUCAUUGACACCUACUCUUUCAUUCAUUUUAUUUCUUAGGGAAUACGAACUGCU